AUGCCGACUUCAUCUGAAAUUGCAGCAAUAUGGACCGAGGAAAAUAAUGGCGUAGCUUUGAAUGCACCACAUAUUCAAAUUUACCCUCGCACUGAUCGAACACAAAUAGUGAAUUACUAUUAUGGAUGUUAUGAUGCAUUGCAAUAUCCACUGUUAUUUCCGUUAGGGCAAAGUGGCUGGCAUUGUGGUAUUAAGAAGCUCCCAGCAAAUUGUCCUGCGUACUUAAGAACUGCGCAUCACGAAGAGGUACCAAGUAUAAGAAAUGUUACGUCACUUGACAGAUAUCUUGAAAUGGAAGAUGAAAUUCUUAAAAAGGGACAGCGACGAAGAGAUACUGUUUCUGUUCGUGAGUAUUAUUGUUACAAAUUACAAAUGAGAAAUGAUGAUGAAGAUGAAAUAUUACAUGCUGGAAGAAUAUUUCAGCAGUAUUCAGUUGAUGAAUACAUUAAACUCGAAACACAAAGGUUGAAUUUCGCAGCGUUCAAUCAAGAUUUAUUUAGGACGGCUAUGCUAGAAGGACUUCUUGACAUCUUGCGAUUGGGUGAACGCGAUGCUUCUAAUAUUGGGAAACAAAAUUUCCUUCCAAGCUCCUUCAUUGGAGGGCCUCGGGAUAUGCGACAACGGUACAUGGAUGCUAUUGCGCUCGUGCAACAUUUCGGUAAACGUGAUUUAUUUAUAACUAUGACAUGUAACCACUCUUGGACGGAGAUAAAGGAACAUUUAAUUCCAACAGAUGAGUCGCAUAAUAGGCCUGAUUUGAUCAGCCGAGUAUUUAGAGCGAAAAUAGAAGAAUUCAAAAAGGAUAUACUAAAGCGAAAUAUCUUUGGAGAGGUAGCAGCUUUUAUGUAUACUCUAGAGUUCCAAAAGCGAGGUUUACCACACGCUCAUUUUCUUAUAAUAUUAACUAAUGAAUACAAAUUACUUACUCCAGAGGCUUACGAUAAUAUUAUUAGUGCUGAAUUACCUGAUGAGAAUGCAGAACCAGAUUUACAUUCGCUUGUUCUUAAACACAUAAUGCAUGGUCCAUGCGUCCAUGACAAGAUUGCAUUUUCGUUACAUAAUAACGACAUAGACGCAGAAGUAGAUGAAAUAAAGGAAUAUCAGUCUGAUAGAUGGGUGUCGCCUCCCGAGGCUAUGUGGCGCUUGUAUGGUUUCUCGAUUAGUGAAAUGUUACCGACCGUAUGCCCUCUUCAACUUCAUCUUAAGGGACAACAUUUUGUUUCAUUCAGAAGCUGCGCAAAUGUAGAUACACUUGUAAAUAAUCCGCUGAUUAAGCAGACGAUGUUAACACAAUUUUUCGAAAUGAAUAGAACAAAUGCUGAGGCUAUGGAACUCAAUCUAUUAUACCAGGAAUUCCCUGAACAUUUUGUUUGGUCUUCAACAGAGAAGAUGUGGACACCUCGGAAACAACGACAUGCUAUUGGUCAUGUUGUAACAUGUCAUCCAACGGAAGGUGAGCGAUAUUAUCUUAGAAUGCUAUUAAUGAAUAUUAGAGGACCAAAAUCAUAUAAGGAUUUACUAACUGUUAAUGGAGAACAUUGUAGCACCUUUAGAGAAUCAGUGGAAAAACGGGGAUUGCUACAAAGUGACAAUAGUUUGCUUGAACGCAUGUCAGAAGCAGCAAGUUACCAGAUGCCAUACAGUUUGAGAUGUUUAUUUGCUACAUUACUGAUUUACUGUAAUCCUACGAAUCCAAGACAACUCUGGGAAGAAUUUGAAGAGCAUAUGUCCGAGGAUUAUACGUUGGUAUCCAAUAUUAACAAAAAAAAUAUUCGAUACCAAGUUUUGAACCAUAUUAACGACAUAUUACACUCUAUGGGAGGUGACAUAAAUGAAUAUCAACUCAUUCCUGAAACAAGUAGCGGCAAAAGAUGCAAAGGAGGUGCACUUUGA